CCUAUACGUACUCAUUGUUGUUGUCAUUCAACCUAGAAACAACAACCUUUUUCUUUUUCUCUUUUUUUUACUAUUUCAACUCAAUUUAAUAGCUUAUUCAAUUAGGAUAUCCUAUCUUUAUUUCAGAAAUUCACUACCUCUUUUCCAAGAUCAGUUAAACUGCCCUAUAUCUACCGACAUCACCCGAGAUAUAAAGUACUAUCGGUUAGUAUUUACUUCAUUGAUCUAAAGCAUUUUCGCUCUCUCAAUUCACUCUGUUAUUGAUUUUUUCUUUUUAACCAGAGUUUUUAUCUACUUACUUUCAUUGCUGUACUCCAAUUGUUAAAUUUUCAUCGCGUGUAACAAUUACACGCUCCUAUCGGUCAAAGGCAUCGUUAAAACUCUUUGGAUAUGCUAAAUUUAAAAAAUCCAAUCCAUUUCACAAGUAUUGAAGAUGCUGAAUUGCAAUUACAAACAAGUAUUCAGUCUGGUCUUUCUUCUCAAACCGCCCAUGAACGCAUUUCAGAAUACGGCGAAAACCGCCUUCAAAGCGAUAAAGGCGUCUCUGCAUGGAAAAUAUUAUUACGACAAGUAUUAAAUGCCAUGUGUGUAGUCCUUAUCCUUGCUGCUGCGCUUUCGUUCGGCACAACUGAUUGGAUUGAGGGUGGUGUCAUUUCUGCCAUUAUCUUUCUCAACGUCGUUGUAGGCUUUGUUCAAGAAUACAAAGCUGAAAAAACGAUGGACUCACUUCGCUCUCUCGCUUCUCCCAUGGCAAAUGUCCUUCGUGAUGGUAGUAUGGAGACUAUUGAAUCUCAUAAAUUGGCAGUCGGGGAUAUCGCUACUCUUAAAACAGGAGACGUCGUUCCUGCUGACAUUCGACUUGUAGAAACCAUUAAUUUUGAGACUGAUGAGGCCCUUCUUACUGGUGAAUCACUCCCUGUUGUUAAAAAUGCUCAUGCUUCUUUUAACAUGAAUGAAGAUGUUCCAGUUGGAGAUCGUAUCAAUCUUGCUUAUUCCUCCUCAGUUGUUACCAAAGGUCGUGCAACUGGAAUUUGUUAUGCUACUGGUAUGAACACAGAAAUCGGUGGUAUUGCAACUAGUCUUCGUCAAUCUCAUCCAAUUUUUUCCCAAAAACCAGAUCCAAACGAAGAGAAUUACAAGAAAAAACUCCGGAAAUAUCGCUUCCGAGUCUUCCUUUAUUAUGUAAAACGCAUCCUCGGUCUCAAUGUUGGUACUCCUCUUCAGAGAAAAUUAACUGUUCUUGCCUAUGUGCUGUUUAUUAUCGCCGUUGUACUAGCAAUUGUAGUUAUGGCAGCUCACACUUUUCAUGUUACUAAUGAAGUUUCCAUUUAUGCCAUUUCGUUGGGAAUCUCCAUUAUCCCUGAAUCCUUAAUUGCUGUACUAUCCAUCACAAUGGCAUUGGGCCAAAAAAAUAUGUCUGCUCGUCGUGUAAUUGUCAGGAAGUUAGAAGCUCUUGAAGCUUUAGGAGGUGUUACGGACAUCUGCUCUGACAAAACUGGUACCAUAACUCAAGGAAAGAUGAUCGCUCGUCGUGUUUGGAUUCCUUCGUAUGGAUACCUUGUAAUCGAGACUUCCAGUCCUUUUGAUCCAACAACAGGUACUGUUUCUACCAUCCAUCAGCCAUUGGAAACAAUUACGGAUGCUGAAAAUCCAAAAGUUGAAGAAAUGCACGAGUUACGUGUUUUCGACGACUUGGAUCCAGUUCUAAAAAUAUCUUCUCUCUGCAAUUUAUCUUCUAUUAAUAAAAAUUCAGAAGGUGACUGGGUCGCAAAGGGCGAACCUACUGAAAUUGCUCUUCAUGUUUUUUCUUCCCGCUUUAAUUAUGGAAAAGAAGAACUUUUAAAAAAUCACAAACUCUUGCGUGAAUACCCUUUCGAUUCAGAAAUCAAACGUAUGGCUGUUGUAUAUCAAGGGAAGGAAAACAAUCCAGAGGUAUAUGUUAAAGGUGCGGUUGAAAGAGUUUUAGAACGUUGCGAAAGUAUUGCUACACAACCACUUGAUAGCGAAAAGCGACAAAUUGUAUUGGCACAAAUGGAUACGCUUGCUUCCCAAGGACUUCGAGUAUUAGCUUUGGCAAGAAAAUAUAUUCAGAAUUCAGUUGAAAUCGAAACACUUUCAAGAGAAGACGUUGAAUCAAACUUAGAUUUUGUUUCACUUGUUGGAAUCUAUGAUCCUCCUCGUGUAGAAUCAAAACAAGCUGUUAAUCUUUGUCAUCGGGCCGGAAUUCGUGUACACAUGCUUACAGGUGAUCAUCCCGAGACGGCAAAGGCCAUUGCCAAAGAAGUAGGUAUUAUUCCAUCAUACAUUAAAGACAAUGACCCAAAUAUGUCCUGGAUGGUCAUGACGGGGCCCCAAUUUGAUGCUUUGUCUGAUCAUGAAAUAGACAAUAUGAAAGCUCUCUGUUUGGUUAUCGCUAGAUGCGCACCACAAACAAAAGUGAAAAUGAUCCAUUCGUUGCAUCGAAGAAAAGCCUUCGUUGCUAUGACUGGUGAUGGCGUCAAUGAUUCUCCUUCGUUAAAGCAAGCCGAUGUGGGGAUUGCAAUGGGACUAAACGGAAGUGAUGUUGCUAAAGAUGCCAGUGACAUUGUCCUCACUGAUGAUAAUUUUUCUUCAAUAGUAAAUGCUAUUGAAGAGGGUCGUAGAAUUUUUGACAAUAUCACGAAAUUCGUUUUGCAUCUUCUGAUAUCCAACGUCGGAGAAGUGAUCCUUCUCGUCGUUGGACUUGCUUUCCGCGACAUUCAUCAUUUGUCCGUUUUUCCAAUGUCUCCAGUUGAGAUUCUGUGGUGUAACAUGAUUACAUCGUCUUUUCCUUCGAUGGGACUUGGUAUGGAAAAAGCCCAACCGGAUAUUAUGGAGCGUCUUCCUCAUGAUAAUAAAGUAGGAGUUUUUACGAAAAGUCUUAUAUUUGACAUGAUAGCCUAUGGGUUUUUCAUCGGUGUCAUGUCACUAAUGACCUGGGUAGUCAUCAUGUAUGCUUUUGGAACCGGAAAUUUAGGCUAUGAUUGUAAUUCCUAUUAUCAUGACGGCUGCAAAGACGUGUUCCGCGCUAGAUCUUCUGUUUUUUCUGUGGUAACAUUUUGUAUUCUGAUUAUGGCAUGUGAAGUAAAAAACUUCGAUAACUCAUUCUUUAAUUUGAAUGGAAUUCCUUGGAAGGAAUGGUCCUUUGGCGACUGUUUCAGGAAACUGACUGAAAACAGGUUUCUCAUAUGGGCUAUUAUCUUGGCCUUUGCGUCAGUUUUUCCUACGAUCUACAUUCCUGUUAUAAAUACUGAUGUAUUCAAGCACAGACCAAUUGGUUGGGAAUGGGGAGUAGUUGCUGUUGCGGUGAUCCUUUUCUUCAUUUUUGCAGAAUUCUGGAAACUCAUUCGACGUACAUUGACCAAACCUCAUGGUAAAGGCAGGAUAAGAAGAACUUUAAGUCGAACAUUAACUUCCGAAACAAAAUUAUCGGAAUCUCAGUUGGAGAAGAGACUCUUUAAACAGUCUCGAAAUCUUUCCUCAUAAUUGUUAAGCAUAACAUUGCUCAAGUAUCCUUUUACGUGUAUGAAGUUUACUUCCUCCAUCGCUUUUAUACGUUACCAAUCCCUUUAUCAAUCACUAAUUACUCGGGAUUUAAUAUAUAUAUUCCUUCGUUCCGAACAGUUCAUUGUUAUUUUUCGUUUCACCUGUGUUUUAAGUUAAUUCCUUUGUUGUUUAUGUUUACGAAUCUAUCUUAAUUUAUUACUUUCAAUCUCAGUGAAUGUCUCUUCUAUCGCUCAAUAUGCAUUUGUUUGGUCACUGUUUAUAUAUUUACUUACGGUCCUUUCUGUUACAAGGGAACCUAUCAGAACAUAAUCAUAAUCUACCUUAUCAUAGUUAAUAUAAAUAAUCUUUAGUAAUAAUCGAUUUUUUUUUAUAUAAAAAGAG